GUGGAGAGCGCCUUCCACGUCUCCCCGCCACUCAUUUUCUCACUUUUUAAGUUGUGGACUGGGACGUGAGCUGGCUUUCACUCAAUCCAACUUCUGCUUGAGAUUCACAUCUAUGGCUCACAGGUCAGGUCAGCUGAAAUGACAAAUCUGCAGCAAUUUGAAACGGAAGCAUAAGUCCAGUGGGACCCCAUUGGAGGGAGAAGGGAGCUGUACCACCCUGUUGAUGAUCUGGUGCUUGUGGAUGAGGACAUCAUGAGAAAACAAGAGAAUUUCAAAGUAUCAUUCAAACUUAAACCUGCCGUUGAGGAGCAAUGCGUUGCCCAUCCUUUUGUUGAUGGAGCUUCAUGUGACCGUUAAUCUAAAACCCUCAGGCAUUUAGGAUUUGUUUUGGAGUUGAUCCAUCAUGUUGAAGCGCUGGCUGCUGGCCCUGGCGACCCGCGUUGGCCUGGUCGCGUUGGGGCUCUGCUGCUGCCUGAUCCUGUUCUACUUCCUGGCCUGUAAACCUGCAUCUGGAGGAGGCCGUCAGCCGCAGCAGUGGUCUGGCAGCGCCACCACCAAGGAGGGAUACAUGGCGCUGCUGCAGGAGAGAGAGGACUCUCACAGGCAUUACAUCAACAGCCUGACGAAGCAGAUCGCCCAGCUGAAGGAGGCGCUGCAGGAGAGGACCCAGCAGCUCCAGGAGUCUUUGGAUAAAGCCAAAAUUCGAGGGAUUCUUCCUCAGGGUUUGGACAGCCUGCACAAAACCCCCACGCAAUCUGACCUCAAGGAGUUCUUCCGCUCCCAGCUGAACCAGGCGGAGGUGAACGCUGGUGUGAAGCUGCCCAGCGAAUAUGCACUGAUUCCUUUUGACACGUUCACCCUGCAGAGGGUGUACCAGCUGGAGACGGGGCUGACAAGGCACCCGGCAGAGCGCCCGGUGAGAAAGGACCGCAGAGACGAGCUGAUCAGCACGGUGGAAACAGCUCUGCACGUCCUCAAUGGACCUCAGCAGCAUGUGGACAACACACAGCGAAAACACACAUACUCCCCAUCAGACUUCAUACAAGGGCUGACUCGCACGGAGCGGGACAGGGGAACCGUGUACGAUCUGACGCUCAGAGGCGACGGGCCCCAGGACUUCACCCGGCUCGUGCUCUUCAGGCCGUUUGGCCCCGUGAUGAAGGUGAAGAGCGAGAGUGUAAACACGCGCAGCAUGACCAUCAACAUCAUUGUUCCUCUUUCCAAGAGAGCCGACACUUUCAGGCAGUUCAUCAACAAUUUCAGAGAGGUGGGAAUCCAUCGGGACGGCAGGGUUCAUCUCACUGUGGUCCAUUUUGGUCGAGAUCAGAUCGACCAGGUGAAAGCUGUGCUGGACCAAACCACCAGAGAGACUCGGUUCAGGAGCUUCACGCUGAUUCAGCUGAAUGAGGACUUCUCUCGCGGGCGGGGCUUGGACGUGGGCGCAAGGGCGUGGCGGCGCAGCCAGAACGUCCUGCUCUUCUUCUGCGACGUCGACAUCCACUUCACGGCCGACUUCUUGACGUCCUGCCGCCUCAACGCCGAGCCUGGUAAAAAAGUGUUCUACCCUGUGCUCUUCAGCCAGUACAACCCAUCCAUCAUAUACAGCAAUCAGACGCUCCUUCCUUCACUUCAACAACAACUGGUGAUAAAAAAGGAAAGCGGCUUCUGGAGAGACUUCGGUUUUGGCAUGACGUGUCAGUACAGGUCUGAUUUCAUCAACAUAGGUGGUUUUGACCGCAGCAUCAAAGGCUGGGGGCUGGAAGACGUGCACCUGUACAGGAAAUACCUUCACAGCAAACUGAUGGUGAUCCGCACUCCGUCUCGAAGCCUGUUCCACCUGUGGCACGAGAAGAGCUGUGCAGACGAGCUUCCUCCAGACAAAUACAAGAUGUGCAUGCAGACCAAGGCCAUGAGCGAAGCCUCGCACAGCCAGCUGGGGGAGCUCUUCUUCAGACCACAGAUUGAAGCCCAUUUAAACUCCCAGAAACAGAUGAUCAGAGGAACCUCAUGAGGAAGAACCAAGAAAAUCUCCUUUAUUUUUGAUUUAAGGUCACUGGUAUCAGGACAUUCUGGUUAUGUCACAAGAAAGACAGUGAUUCAGUUUGUGGGCACAAAAGAAACAAGG